AUGAAUAGCAUCAGAAUUUUUUCGAGGAAUUUGGCGUUGAGCUCGAAGCAACUAGCGCCGGUCCCUCUUGCUUCAUUAAAUUUUACUUCGCCGGAAUUUCAAAAUGGAACGCCACUAGUAAUCGUUCAUGGGCUCUUUGGUCAGAAACAGAAUUGGAAUAGUGUCGGAAAAGCAUUACACCGUAAACUCGAGGCGCCGAUUUACGCGGUUGACGCGCGAAAUCAUGGAAGUUCGCCUCACGUGGAUUCGAUGACGUAUACGGAAAUGGCCGAAGAUCUUGUCAUGUUCAUUGAUGGAAUUCGAGAAAAGUUGAGAAUUGAGAAAGUCAAUUUACUAGGUCAUUCGAUGGGUGGAAAGAUUGUUAUGCGAAUGGCGAUUGACUCGAAAUGGAGUGAUCGGAUUCAGAAGCUUAUAGUUGAGGAUGUAUCACCAAAAGGAUACUCCAGAAGGCACGUAGAGUUCCGGAAGCUUAUAAAGGCGAUGAGAGACGUUGAUCUGCGACGAUCGCGCAAGGAGAUUCUUGUAGAUCUUGAGGAGAUCAUUCCCGAUUUGGCAAUGCGUCAAUUCAUUCUGACAAAUCUUCAAUCGUCAUCUGAAAAAGGAGUUUUUGAAUGGAAGUGCAACAUUGAUGCAAUUGAUAACCACGUUGAAGAUAUCUUAGGAUAUACACUCCCUACUGGAAGCUUUCGUGGUCCCACCUUGUUCUUGCACGGAGAAGUGUCCGGAUAUGUCACAGAAGACCAUAAACCCGACAUUCGAUGUCUUUUCCCUAGGGUUGAAUUUGACGCAAUCCCUGGUGCCGGGCAUUGGGUUCACGCUGAAAAACCGCAAUUGUUUAUUGAUAGUGUAGCUAGAUUUUUGAAUGCCAGACAUUGA